ACGGCGGUGGCGGCGGCUGCGGCACGGGAUGGCGGAGGCACCUCCGGUCUCAGGCACUUUUAAAUUCAAUACAGAUGCUGCUGAGUUCAUUCCUCAGGAGAGAAAAAAUUCUGGUCUGAAUUGUGGGACCCAAAGACGACCAGACUCUAAUAGGAUUAGCAGAAGAAAUUACAGUUCCUCACCUCCCUGCCACCUUCCCAGACACAUCCCUUAUGAUGACAUCUCUACUCUUCAUCAGCACAGUUACGCCUCUGGAAGCAAACCUAAGAGUCAGCAGGGUUUUUUCCAGCCGCCUAACAAGUCGCUCAGGAACCAUGGCUUUCAGCAUCAGCCAUGGCAGAAGUUACGGAACGAGAAGCACCAAAGCAGAGUCAGGAAAGCACAGGGGCUCGCCGAGCAGGCGGCAGAUACGUCCAGUUCAGAGAGUGUGACCAGGUCAGAGAGUGGAGCACACCCUAGAGAGCACAGCCCUCCAGAGAGUGAAAAGGAGGUGGUGAUUGCAGAUCCAAGGGGAGCAAAGCCCAAAAAGGCAGCACAGCUUACAUACAGCUAUGGCAGGGGACCAAAGGCCAAAGGGAAACUCAAAUGCGAGUGGGGUAAUAGAGUGAGCCCGAAGUCUGAGGAUGAAAAUACCAGACCUGUGGGGAUUUCCCACACUGACCCUGCAGAUGCCUCCUGUAGAAAAGCUGUGGUGGAUGGAUGUGUGUCCAGACGGAACGAGCAGAGGAGAUACCCACAGAAAAGGCCUCCCUGGGAAGUGGAGGGGGCCAGACCACGGCCAGGCAGGAACCCACCAAAGCAGGAGAGCCAGCGACAUGUAAACGCAGGGCCCAAAACCAGCGUGUCCCCCAUCCCAAAGGAUAACCUCAGAGAAAGACCAACAAAGUCACCCUGUGACACUGGGAAUUUGGCAGCUGUCAACAAGCCCUCCCGAAGGGUUGACCAAGAGAAAACUGCUCUAAGGAGACAGGCUCCUCAAGUCCUAUCUCCUUUCUCCAGAGGCAAACAGAGCCAUGUGCUGAAGAAUGUGGAAACACACACAGGUUCCCUAAUUGAGCAGCUAACUACAGAAAAAUACGAGUGUAUGGUGUGCUGUGAGUUGGUUCAAGUUACAGCGCCCGUGUGGAGCUGUCAGAGCUGUUUUCACGUCUUUCAUUUAAACUGCAUAAAGAAGUGGGCACGGUCUCCAGCAUCUCACGCAGAUGGCCAAAGUGGUUGGAGGUGCCCGGCUUGUCAGAAUGUUUCUGCAUAUGUUCCUAACACCUAUACUUGUUUCUGUGGUAAAGUAAAGAAUCCUGAAUGGAGCAGAAAUGAAAUUCCACAUAGUUGUGGUGAGGUUUGUAGGAAGAAACAGCCUGGCCAGGACUGUCCACACUCCUGUAACCUCCUCUGCCAUCCUGGACCCUGCCCACCCUGCCCUGCUUUUACAACUAAAACAUGUGAAUGUGGACGGACAAGGCACACAAUUCGCUGUGGUCAGGCUGUCUCAGUCCACUGCUCUAAUCCGUGUGAGAAUAUUUUGAACUGUGGACAGCAUCACUGUGCUGAGCUAUGCCAUGGGGGUCAGUGCCAGCCUUGCCGGAUCAUACUUAACCAGGUGUGCUACUGUGGCAGCACCUCUCGAGAUGUGUUAUGUGGAACAGAUGUGGGAAAGUCGGAUGGAUUUGGGGACUUCAGCUGUUUAAAGAUAUGUGGCAAGGACUUGAAAUGUGGCAGCCAUACCUGUUCGCAAGUGUGCCACCCUCAACCUUGCCAGCCUUGCCCACGGCUCCCCCAUUUGCUGCGAUGCUGCCCUUGUGGCCAAACACCUCUCAGCCAGUUGCUGGAACUGGGAAGUAACGGUCGGAAAACAUGCAUGGAUCCUGUCCCUUCGUGUGGGAAAGUGUGCGGCAAGCCCUUGUCCUGCGGCUCCUCAGAUUUCAUCCAUACCUGUGAAAAGCUCUGCCAUGAAGGAGACUGUGGGCCGUGCUCCCGCACGUCAGUGAUUCCCUGCAGGUGCUCCUUCAGAACAAAGGAGCUUCCAUGUACCAGUCUUAAAAGUGAAGAUGCUACAUUUAUGUGCGACAAGCGAUGUAACAAGAAACGAUUGUGUGGACGGCAUAAAUGUAAUGAGAUCUGCUGUGUGGACAAGGAGCACAAGUGUCCUUUGAUUUGUGGGAGGAAACUCCGCUGUGGCCUUCAUCGCUGUGAAGAACCUUGUCAUCGAGGGAACUGUCAGACCUGCUGGCAAGCCAGUUUUGAUGAGUUAACCUGCCACUGUGGUGCCUCUGUGAUCUACCCACCAGUUCCCUGUGGGACUAGGCCUCCUGAGUGUACCCAGACCUGUGCCAGGAUCCAUGACUGUGACCAUCCAGUGUAUCAUACUUGUCACAGUGAGGAGAAGUGUCCCCCUUGCACUUUCCUGACUCAGAAGUGGUGCAUGGGCAAGCACGAGCUACGAAGCAACAUCCCCUGUCACCUGGUUGAUAUCUCUUGCGGAUUACCCUGCAGUGCCAUGCUACCCUGUGGGAUGCACAAAUGUCAAAGACUUUGUCACAAAGGAGAAUGUCUUGCGGAUGAGGCCUGCAAGCAGCCCUGUACCACACCCAGAGCUGACUGUGGUCACCCAUGUAUGGCGCCCUGUCACCCCGGUUUACCCUGUCCUGUGACAGCUUGUAAAGCCAAGGUAGAGUUACAGUGUGAGUGUGGGAGAAGAAAAGAGAUGGUAAUUUGCUCCGAGGCAUCCGGGACUUAUCAAAGGAUCGCUGCUAUUUCUAUGGCCUCUAAACUAUCAGACAUGCAGCUUGGAGACUCCGUGGAGAUCAACAAGUUCAUUACCAAGAAGGAAGUCCAGCAAGCCAGGUUGCAGUGUGAUGAGGAGUGCUCUGCCUUGGAAAGGAAAAAGAGGUUGGCAGAGGCAUUUGACAUCAGUGACGAUUCUGAUCCUUUCAAUGUACGUUCCUCAGCAUCAAAAUUCAGCGACAGUUUGAAAGAUGAUGCCAGGAAAGACUUAAAGUUUGUCAGUGACAUUGAGAAGGAAAUGGAAACGCUUGUGGAGGCCGUGAAUAAGGGCAAGAGUAACAAGAAGAGCUACAGCUUCCCUCCCAUGAACAGAGACCACCGCCGGGUCAUCCACGACCUGGCCCAAGUGUAUGGCCUGGAGAGUGUGAGCUAUGACAGUGAGCCAAAGCGGAACGUCGUGGUCACCGCCAUUAGGUGGGUUGACCUUGAUGUCAUAGGGAGAGCUCUUCAGCAGGCCAGGCAUGACCACGGGAGUCACUGUGUGCUUCCGUUACUUGUUCUUCCUCCGGGAGAAAUAGGUACAGCCAAGUGCCCAGGUCUCACAGCUGCCCCCAUCCACUGUGGACACUGGAGGUGGCAUCUCUGCAGGUGGAGGGAGGUGGAGCAGAGUGCCCACUCAUCACUCCGGUGCUCCCGUCCCUCUGUCCCCUGUUUCUCCCCCUGACCUCCCUGGCUCUAAUCUUGGUAUGACGGGAACAGAAGGGACGCUGGACCCUGACUCAGUGUUGCCAUCAGAGAAAAUGGAGGUGGUCGU